UGACAGAAGAUAGGAGAGAGCUGGAGCAGAAGCAGCAUCUGCUCUAUGUAUCUUCUCUGGGAAGAUGAAGCUCCUACUCCUCCUCCUCCUGCUGACUUUUCUUCUUUCUCAUGAGACUGGAGCUGUAUGUGCAUAUGGAAUGGGUUCUCUUUCAGACGAGAUCUUUGGGGGGAAAGAAUCCAGGCCCCAUUCCCGUCCUUACAUGGUGUUUCUGAAUAUCACACGAUGUAAUAAAAUGAUCAGGUGUGGUGGGUUCCUGAUUCGCAGUGACUUUGUGAUGACAGCAGCCCAUUGUGAAGGAGACUUCAUCACAGUCAAACUUGGAGCACAUAACAUCAGAUACUCAGAAAGAACUUGGCAGACCAUUAAUGUCAAACAUCAAUUUCCUCACCCAGAAUAUAAUGGCACAAGGUUUCUCAAUGACAUCAUGUUACUAAAGCUGGAAAAGAAAGCCAACCUGACAGCAGCAGUGAAAACUAUCCCCCUGACCUCAAGACUCAAAUCUGUCUUACCUGGGCAAGAAUGUCUAGCAGCUGGCUGGGGAAGGACAAAACCAGAGGCCAGGGCAUCAGACACUUUACAAGAGGUGGAACUGACAUUAAGGAAUUCCAGUGACUGCAAAGACUUAAAAUGUUUUAAUGAGAGAUCCCACUUGUGUGUAGGGACUCCCAAUUCAAAUAAAACAACAUUAAAGGGAGAUUCUGGAGGACCCCUCGUUUGUUCUGGUGUGGCCCAAGGCAUUGAUUCAUAUGGAAAAAACAAACCACCUUCUGUCUUCACAAGAAUUGCUCAUUACCGCCCCUGGAUCGAUAAAAUCCUAAAAGCAAAUUAGCUCCGUGGCCAUGGCUCAGCAAAAAGAAAUCUCCCUCCUAGGGCCCAGCCUCCUCUCUGGGACUGUCCCUCACACUAGGACUGUCCCCCUGCCUGUCCAGCUUCAUCCCAGAGUCUAAGAUGUGUGGGGGAGGGGAGGAAGGUAAGGGUCGACUAUGACUGCAAUAAACUGAAGCAUCCAGG